AUGACCAUGGUCGAGAAUUAUGGACCCACAUGGUCACGGUGUUGCGUUGGUGUGUUGCAGAAAGGCCAAGUGUCUACACCUUGGUCUCGUAGAAAGUGUCCGCGCCUGAGUGCCUUCAGACGCACUGUGCGCUGCCGUGGUGUAAGCAGGAAGGAUACUUCCUGUCCCGAGAAACCUCCCCAGCAUCUCCGUGAAUACACCUUCCGCAAAAUCAGUCCAGAGUCCGCGGAACUUUGCGGGGGAAGGGAAGGGAAGAAAGGAAGGAGUGGACGCCAAACUUUCCGUUGGACGGCGGUGUGGCUUGCGGAGGACCCUGGGCUAGAAGGUAUGGAAGCCAUCGCGGAACAUUUGUGUACAGUUGUGGAGACGGUACAGACGGCUAGAGUCGGUCAGGAUGAAAUGAGCAGUUUGAGACAGCAAGACGGCUUGAUGCCCUCGAUAGCUUCGGUCAUAGUAGGGCGUCGUACGAAGUCAGUUUGCCCAGCCCGUCCAUGGACACACCGGAUGGAUAGUGCCCGCCCACCAAAUGAAGCUACCGACAAGGGCCUAGGCUGCAAAGGGGCAAGAGACCUCGUGCAAGAUGAGGAUCAGAUGCAUCGACGUGGGCCGCGAGUGGGAUACGGAGUUGAGGCGGAUUACGCAAAACGCGCUAGUCCAAAGAUGGCUAGCCUAAGUGGAGCCAGCAAAAUCGCGUGUCGUCGCUAUGCAUGCAUGCCCUUCCACACAGACAUCAAGGCCUGUUAG